CCAUCUAGUUGACGUGUGCUCAAAUUUCUCUACCCAUUCAAGCUUAUUGAAAUUAAUGCUAGGAAGUCGUGAUACUUAGUAUCAUCAAUUGAUUACAUUCAUUAGCAUCAACAAAAACAUUUAUUGCACUUGUAGCUUUUCUUACUCCCACUUAAAAUUCAAGAAAAUCUUAUCAAUCACCGGAAUUUGAUAAAAAAAUCAAGAUAUGAGACUCGCGCCGUGCAGUACCUUGCAUGUCGCGUCACUCGUCCUCCUGUGGGUGGCGGGGGCAAUGGCCGGCAUCUGCCCCUCAUACCCCAUCAUCCGGGACUUCGACUUCAGCAGGUACACAGGAUUGUGGUACCACCAAGACAAACAACAGACCAGUUGGGGGGCUCCUGGCCGGUGCUGGCAAUCGUUCUACGUACGAGACGCCAAGUCGGGAGAGUACCGCAUGAAGCUUCGCUACCAGAAUACAAUCACCGGGGGCACCAACACGCUGGAGUCACGCCUCACGCUACAGGGACCUGCUAAGCCUUCGGUCAUCAAAUACUCCAUCCCAUACACCUUCAUGUCGGACGAAUUCCAGAUCCUUGCGUCAGACUAUGAUUCGUACUCCAUUGAGUAUCAGUGUCGCCCCAACGGCAUCCUGCCAAAAUCAGAGAACAUUUUCUUGCUGACGCGAGAGAAGACACCUAAGGCGGAGGUGCUGCAGAAGGCGUACGCGAUCAUGCACCGCUACGGCAUCGACCUCAGGAAGCUGGAGCGUGUGGACCAGACCUGUGGGGGACUAGCCCUGGAGGGGGUGUUGAGUCCUGACGAGAUGGUCGCGGUUCAGCCCUGGGGCGAGCCUGUUAGAGAGACCAUUCCUCUAGACGGCGAUGCGGAACCUUUCGUCUACCUAGUCGGUAAUCAGCCAGUGCCGAUCAUGACAGCGAGGCGUCGAACAUCUUCGGAACGGCGGCGGUCCUCAGACACCAACCGACGCAUCUCCAUCGGCCAGAGUCUUGCCACGCGCCUCUGGCACGUCCUUCAUACUCCUAUCUGAACAUCGCGCCUCUGGCACGUGCUACACACACCUACAUCAACAUCGCGCUAUUGGUAUGUGCUACAUAAACACAUUUGAACUCCGCGCCUCGGCCUCCUGCUGCAUCCACCCAUCUGAACACCGCGCCUCUGGCACGUCCUGCACACACGCGUCCGAACAACUGCGAGACCCCAAACAUACAGUAUUUGUUGACGUUAUUUGAGUUACAAAAAUGUAUGUUAAAAUUUAAAGCCAAAUCUGCCAAAUGUCGGAAAAAUAUGAUAGCAGUGUUCCCUUAUAUGUCAAUUUACGAUCCAAUUGAAGGGUCUUUGCGAAAUCUUUGACAAAAAUUCAAAUGUAUUUAGAAUCAGUUGGGUGACGUGGUAAUGAAAGUACAAAUUUAUAACAGCGUGAGGCAAUGUUUAACUGAAGCUUCCAUUCAGAUUCUAUAGAGGCAAUUAAAUUCAAUCAACUGUGAAUCGUAUGCCCUACAAAAUAAUAAUAACGUUUCGAAGAUUCACACAGCAUUUUACAACAUAGAUUUCAAAAUUUCAUUUCCUUGUUAUAAUAGAAUAUUUCAAAU